UGGCUGUGGAUAGCUUCAUAGUGCUGCGCUUUAACCCCUUGCACCACCAGGGAGGCCCCUGGAAUCUAUUUUGAAGCAGCACUUUGGUGUAAUAAAAGACUUGUGAGCUUUGGAUUCAGGCAGAUGUGAGUCUGCUUUGGGCAGAUUUUGUAUGAACCUCUGCAUCAGUUUUCUGUUACAAAAUAGGGGGUUGUCAUCUCUUGUCUCAGAGCAGGUGUGUGAGUGAAAUAGCCAAAUAUUGCCCACAGGAGACAUAACUCAGCUAAUUCCCAUCAGCCACUUGAGAGUAUUUAGUACUCAUCUCAGUUUCCUCUACUUUCAGAAGUCAGGUUUCUAGUCCUUCUGCCACCACUUCCAGUGUCAACCAUCAGCUGAUGCUAGAAGGGAAGUCAGGACCCUACUUUUCCUCUCUGGACUCCAGCAUCGACAUGCUAAAGAGAAGAGCCCAGGAACUGAUCGAAAACAUCAAUGAGAGCAGGCAGAAGGACCACGUACUCAUGACCAACUUCAGGGAUAGUCUUAAGAUCAAGGUUUCUGACCUGACAGAGAAGCUAGAGGAGCGGAUGUACCAGAUUUAUAAUCACCACAACAAGAUCAUUCAGGAGAAACUCCAAGAAUUCACCCAGAAAAUGGCAAAGAUAAGCAACUUAGAAACAGAGCUCAAACAAGUGUGUCACACAGUGGAGACCGUGUACAAAGAUCUGUGUCUCCAGCCUGAGGCUGCUACUCUGGAAGAACAGACCCACAGAGGUGGCAACUCCUGAUAGCUACCAGGAAUAUCCCUUCUAGUGACCACCACCAAGAGAAGACUCAGAGACCACAGUUCCUGUUAUACUGAGAAAAUUUGUUUUCAGAGUUCUGUAAUGCAUUUUGGUGGGGGGGAAAAAACUAACCCAAAAGUUUUACACCACCCCAAAAUACUGUGAAUCCAGCCCGUACCAUGGGCCCAGCUUUGGUGUUCCCCACACUUGGUCAAUUCACUCUCCUACCCCCAUCCCUGCAUAGUUGAUUAAACAUUUUGAUUUUCAACUCUAUCAAAUUUCCUUUUCAUAAAGGCAGAGAGUUGGUAAGCUUUGGAAAGGAGUCAGGCCCUUUCUUUUACACAGGAGAGACAGAAAAGCAAGUAUCAGACAAUGCCUAAAUCCCAACCUGUCUCCUAACAUCUCAUGUCCACUUCCCACACCCUCUUGUCUGGACUGUACUUUAUAGAGCUCAGCAUUCCAGUUGGCUUCUUCUCUCUGCCUCUCUUUCAUGGAGUAAAGUAAUUCUAUUUACUUUCUAAAGUGGAGAUCUAAUCCAAUACCUUUCCUUCAUAAAACUACCUGAAAACCCUCUAUACUUGACCUUCAGGUUUUUCUGGAAUGUCCCAUUCUAACUAGCACAGAGAAGCCUCUCCCUCUCCUUCAGAGCCUAAUGUGGUCCCACUUUCUUUCUAAGAGACAAGUACCUGCUUCCUCCCGGUAUUUCUGCCUGGCUCACUAUAUAUAUUUUUUCCUUUUCAAUUAUCUUUGUCCAUGUCUGUCUUCCUUUGAGGCCAGGUGUUCUGGGGCCCCUGCAAGUCACAAAGAGCUGCCAGGGC